AUAAACCUCAGAAGAAGAAGAAGAAGAAGAAGAAGAAGAAGAAGAAGAAGUUUUACACAUGCCACUUUUCACCUGAAAAUGUCCACACUCGAGACACUGAAAACCUUCAUCAGCCAGCGGCUUGCUGUCGCUGUGGAGGAGAUAUCUGGGCUGCUGGAAACAACAAUCUCAAACUAUGAAGAAGAGAUCUCCCGCCAACGGAGGCUGCUCUCGAACGAGAGGUCCGGGUCCCAGAUCCACACCGAAGAUAUGCAACAAGCUUUUACAUUUCGAGUCGUCAUCCAUCACGAAAUAAAGAAGAUAACUUUUCAAAAUGGCCUCCCCUCAUCUGUGGAGGAUUUGAUUAAAGUGUUUAAACAAGCUUUUUCCAUCACCACAGAAAUAGGUCUUCAGUACAAAGAUACUGACUUUGAUGACUUCUUCACGCUAACCUCUACAAGUGACCUCAAGGAUAAAGACACACUCAAGGUAGUGCACAUUCCACCAGGCCUAUUAAAGUCCACAGUCCCUCAGGAGCACAACCAUGACACAUCUGACAUGUCCCCGGUGGAUGAUUUGCCCUCUGUGGAUUCACAAGAUCCAGUAAUUCACAGCCCCCUUGCCACUGACAGGCGUAACCUGUGGCCUGCCAUCUUUCCAAUUCCCGUUUUCUCCUACAACACAGAGAUGGCUUUGCAGCAGGGCAAUGACAUUUUUUUAAAAGACGGAACCCUGCUGACGUCACAAAGUGUUAAAUCGGACAUUCUGGAGCGCCUGGCUGAGGCCAUGUUUUCCUACACAGCUUACCCCAAUGAUCCACAGAGGACUGCCGUUGCACAUGCACUUAUAGAGAGGCACCCCUGCUUGAGGGAGCCCGGCUCCUAUAACGGAUGUGACGGGUGGCAGCAAAGCCUAAAGUACAAAUGUGCAAACUACCGGAGCAAACUUAAAGCCCAUGGAAACCCUGAACUGAUGAUUAAUACACUGAAACACAAGCAAGAGUGUGACAGAAAACCUGCCAAAAAUAUAAAGAAACCAAGGAAAUCUGAGGUAAACUACUACCCCCCACACCCAGCCGGUGAAACUGAUGACAGCCUGGAGAAUACAAGACUUGAGCUCAUUUCAGCAAGCAAGUCCAGGGACAAUAGCCAGAUGAUGAAUGACAUGAUGUCGAGAACAUACAGCUGUAGACGAAGGGAAGUGGUCGGCCAGUCCAUGCAAGUGGCACAAUUCUAUGAGAGAUGGCCUGCCCUCUUCAAUCCUGCACAGAUAAAUGAAGAGUUCCGAAGGUGCAACACUAUUCCCCUGGAGUCAACGUUUAUGUCUCAGCUGGACAGGUUCACUUCAAAGUUCCUGCAGUUAUUCAGCUCAAAGGGAGGAGCUGUUGGACAGCGCAUGAAGGGCUUCAUGACUGAACUAAGACAGGAUCAACAUGUGUCCGUGGUGAAGAAGAGGGACGUGAUUCUGAGAUGCCUCAUAGAGUACCUGGGGGAGAGUGUGCCUGAGCUCAUCUCUGACUACUUCAGAACAGCAGAGACGAAAGUGCAUCAAGACCUUCAAGCAGAAAGUAUGAGGAUCUAUGUCUGCCAGCAGCCAGAUGCAGUGGGCAUCAUCAUUGAUGGAACUCCAGUGAUGACAGAUCUGGAUAACCUGCCCAAAGCCUGCUGCCUUCUCCUUGGCCUCACAUAUGCCCUAAAUCUGGAUUAUCCUCCCAAAUUUGCCAAGACUUUUGAAGUCUUUCAAAGACUAUUUGUAGGACUUGAUAUGCUUCAACCAAAGCAAACCUCCAAGUUCAUCAGCCUGAAAAACAAACUCUUCACCUAGACAAUUGCCGUGUGCUUUUUACUUUGUCAAGUCUCCGUUUUUACAAGUGUAUAACCUUUAGGAGCUGUGAAGGUGUCUGGAUAUUUGACAUUAAGGAUUGCACUGCAGGUUCGUAGUUCACACGUAGUGUGUUAAAGACUAAGGAUUAAAACAUUGAACUGAAUUUAAGAAUUUUAAGCAACUUAAAACUGACAAAUUGCAAAGGGAACAUUUGGCAUUUUUCCACAAGUAUGGUUGUGAAGCCUUAGUGCGCAUCCUCCUUUAACUUAAUCGAGCAAAACAAUGAAACCAGCAGCUUUCAGGGCUUAGAGCUCUGGCUCCAACAGUUCUCAAUUAAGAUGCAUUCUUUUUCUAUGCAAGCUCAAAAAUGUAGCUUAAUUAUUUUAUGAUUUUCUCUUGGGGGGAAAUAAUACUGAGAUUAGAGUUAACAUUUUCCAAAUAAUUACUGCUUUUUAUUCAUUUAUUUUUUUAAAUGGACAUUUAGGUCUAGGGGGUGGCUGGAGAAAAUUCUCACUACGAGUUUACAAUUCUCAAACAAAAUGAAAGGUUUCAAGAUGUUUGUGUUGUAGAGUUCUCACAGACUUUCACACUCAUGCUUUAUGAUUCAAUUCUGAAUAAUCUAA